AUGGCGACCAUCACCACGAGGGAUAAGCUGGAGGUAUUCGAGGAGCCCAUGUUUGAUCAUUCUCUAAUCAGUCUUCACGAGCAUACAUAUAAACCGUAUGGAUCACCAUAUUACAAAAAUUCAGAUGAAAUCCGAAUCCCAAUCAAUUUUCAAGACCUUAUACUCGAUAUUGCAGACAGUUACAUUUAUAUCGAGGGGAAAUUCACACCAUCUGAUGCCACGAAGCAGUUCUACCUAUCCAAUAACGCCCUCGCCUUCCUCUUCGACGAAAUUCGCUAUGAAAUGGGUGGAGAGCAAGUGGCCGUUGUUCGAAAACCCGGCAUAACAACCACAAUGAAAACAAUGAUAUCAUUUGGACAAACACAUGCAAAUUCCCUACUAUCAAUAGGAUGGAGUCUUGAUGUGAAUAAACAAGAUAUAUUGGAUUCCGUCAGCAAUGUAUUCAGCGGAAAAUUACCCUUGAAGUAUCUCAUGGGUUUUGCUGAAGAUUACAACAGAGGAGUAUUGAAUGUUGAACAAGAGCUCAUUUUGAUUAUUGCACGCUCAUUCAAAAAUUCGUUUAUUGGAGAAGUCGAUGCUCAUUUGGAAAUCAACAAAAUAGAAUGGAGAAUCAGACACAUCGUGCCGGAAGAUCGUCAGAAACUGAAGCUAUUGAACCGCAUCAAUAAAAAUGCGAAUAAUGCAAAAGUAAAGGUGGCUUAUCGUAUAUGGGACCUCUAUGAAUUACCCACACUUCGUGAUACAUCCUCAGAUAUAUACCAAAGUAUAUGCACUCAUCCUACACGAUGCUGUUUUGUCCUAUAA